GAUUGAUUCCAUGACUUCUUUGGUAACUUGAAUAGUGUAUUUAUUUCUGUGCUUUCAUUACAGAGUAAAAUGAGAAAUUGAACUGCAUAAAUUUCAAUUUUAAAAAAGCUAGAAAAAUUGUGGUGUUCUAAAACCUUUGACCGCUCGUGUAUCGUUUCAUCAGACAGUACAUUUGGAAGUAAAACUAGGUUUUGAUUAUUAUUUAUUAUUAGUACUGUAUUAUAUUAUGAUACUAGAAUUUGAGCAAAUAAACAUUACUUGUGGGUUGUUAUGGCUUCCCUCCUGUUCAAGCGCGCUCACGGUGACAGCAGGCCAGGCGCGCGACACAAGGAGGAAGGGUUUCUGCUCGCACCCUAAGAGUGAUUGACAGCCGGUGUAAACGUUAACCGCUCGCUGCUCGGAUUUGGGGAAUCCUCCAGUGUGCGCUGGGAUGAAGAUGGAUUUUUGAACAUCCACUAGGGUUCGGACGUUGGUAAUAAGGAAGACUGAAGACAUCGUUGUACGGUUGCGCCUGAAAAAUUGGUGAAAGGCGAUGGAGCAGCAAAGACAGAGAGCUCUGUCCACGUCAGGUGAAUCACUGUACGCUGUGCUGGGAGUGAACAAGAAUGCUACCACAGAGGACAUCAAGAAAUGUUACAGGAAACUGGCAUUAAAGUUUCACCCAGAUAAGAAUCCUGAAAAUCCGGAGGCAGCCGAGAAGUUCAAAGAGAUAAACAACGCUCACUCCAUCUUGAGCGAUGGAACCAAGAAGAACAUCUACGACAAGUAUGGCUCCCUGGGCCUCUAUGUGGCCGAGCAGUUUGGAGAGGAGAAUGUCAACACCUACUUUGUUCUGUCCAGCUGGUGGGCCAAGGCCUUGUUUGUCUUCUGCUGCUUAUCCACCGGUUGUUAUUUUUGCUGCUGCCUGUGCUGUUGCUGCAACUGCUGCUGUGGCAAAUGCAAACCUCGGCCACCCAUGGACCAGGAGCCUGAUUUCUAUGUGUCCCCUGAGGACCUGGAGGCCCAGAUGACAGCCGACGAGAUAGAUGGCAGCAGUGAGCCCAUUGUGAUGCAGCCGUCCUCUGCCAGAGAAACUACACAGCUCACUGCCGAGGCCCACCAAAGCUACCGGACUGACACAUAUUAAACACACACACACACAUUCCUACCUCCAUGGUUUCUCCAGGUUCCAUAAUCGGUUUAUCAUUUGUUCGGUCCAUUUUCAGUUGGCUGGACUGCUUAUCCUCAUUAGGGUCACGGGCUGGAGCCUAUCCCAGCGCUCUUCGGGCGAGAAGCGGGGUACACCCUGAACUAGUCACCAGCCAAUCGCAGGGCACAUAUAAACAAACAAGAAUUUGCACUCACAUUCACACCUACGGGCAAUUUAAAGUCUUCAAUUAACCUACCAUGCAUGUUAUUGGGAUGUAGGAGGAAACCGGAGUACCCAGAGAAAACCCACGCAGGCAGGGGGACAACAUGCAAACUCCACACAGGGGAGGGCGGAUUUGAACCCGUGGCCUCAGAACUGUCAGAGAGACAUGAGAACCAGUCGUCCACCAUGCGGCCCAAUUGGAAAUUCAAAAACAAAAACAAAAAAACUAAUUUUGUUUUUUAAUCUAACAAAAAAAGAAAAAUGGUUGUAUGACUGAGUUUGAGUAUACGUUCGCUUGGUAGUUGCCAGAGACAGUCCAGAAUAGUGGUGUCACGAUACCAAAAUUCUGACUUAAAUACUAUACCUGCAUAAAUUACCAAGAUACCGGUACUGAAACGAUACCGCGGCAAAAAUAUAAAAAAACAUCAGUAAAGGCAUUGGAAUGAAAACUGACAAAACAACUUCAAAUGCUUUAUUUUUAUUAAUUCGAAAUAUUAGGACAAUCUUGAAAAAUAAUGUAAGAAAGGAAUUAGUACAUUUUAAAUCCAUCCAUUUUCCGAGCCGCUUAUCCUCACAAGGGUCGUGGGCCAUUUUAAGUCAUUUCAUAAAAAAAAUAUUAGAUCAAUACCUGCAUUAUCAUAUACAAUAUAUAAUAUAUAACGUGUAUGUUUAAAAAUCUAUAUACAGUAUAUGAUACAGGAUAUACAGUCAUGAAAACAAUUAGCCUACCCUUGUUUCUUCAAUUUCUUAUUCAGUUUCAUUCCUGGUACCACUAAUGGUAGAUUACCUGAGGAAUAUAUCAGCUUAAUUUUAUCAUUAAAUAUGAGUUUGGUUAUAAAGAAACCCAUGGAAAAUGGCUAGGUAUCAGCUCUUAAAUGUUCAUUUUAUUCUAUUAUUAUUUGUUCUAUUUUCCUUGUCAUGAUCAUAUUUUCCCCAAUAAAUGUACCUUUAGUUGUACCAGGCAUUAAAAAUGAACAAGAAAGUAAAGAAACGAGUGUUCUAUUUUUUCCCCACCAUGACUAUUUUAAUCUAUUUGUUUAUAUAUACCUACACAUGAUAUACAGUGCCGUGAAAAAGUAUUGUCCCCCUUCUCAAAUUCUUAUAUUUUACUAACCUCACUUUGUUUAAGAUCAUCAAACAAACUUAAAAUGCUGUUUUUAAAUGAUUUCAUUUAUUAAAGAAAAUAAACUACCGUAUUUUCACGACCAUGGGGCGCACUGUAUUAAAAGGUGCAGUCUCAGUUACGGGGUCUAUUUCUGUAUUUAACACACACAUAAAGCGCACCGUAUUAUUGGGCGCAGGCAUGGUAAAUCAUACGCUAGCUUAAAACAUACGGGAGCAUGCAUGCAGGCUAAAACAAUGUUUUUAAAAAGGCUGUGGGAGCAAAAUUCGAAUUCGGUUGUACUUUAUUGAAGUAUUUAACAAUGUACUCACGUUAUCUUUUUGAUCAAUCCAUCAAAGUCCUCAUCUUCUGUAUCCGAAAUGAAUAGCUGGGCAAGUUCUCAAACACGCCAGGUUCAAGUCAGUCUCGUUGCCGAAAGCUCGAACAACAGUGCAAGCAGACACGUUAGCCCCAGCAUCCACAAUCCAUUCACAAAUUGUGGCGUAACUCACCCGGUGCUGCCUCCUCGUCUUAGUAAAGCUGUGUUCGCCACCUGUCAUCCAUGGCUCACACGCCGCUCACAACUUCACUUUGAACGCCCUGUUUACACCAAUGUCCAGCGGUUGGAGUUCCUUCGUCGAGCCUCCUGGAAUGAUGGCAAGCUCCGAGUUAUUGCACUAAGUCGAAUGGUGACUGUAGAGACGCUUCUGUUCUUUGCUCAUUAAUCCAUUGCUCGAGUUGGUCUUCCAACUCGGGCCAGCUCGCCUUGUUUCCGCGGAAACUCAACUUCGUCUUCUUGACUUGGCGAAGCUCGUCACAGAUAUACAAUAUUCUCCUUCUUCUUUUCCUUUCGGCUUGUCCCGUUAGGGGUCGCCACAGCGUGUCAUCCUUUUCCAUGUAAGCCUAUCUCCUCUAUCCUCUCUAACACCAACUGCCCUCAUGUCUUCCCUCACGACAUGUAUCAACCUUCUCUUUGGUCUUCCUCUCGCUUUCUUGCCUGGCAGCUCCAUCCUCAUCAUCCUUCUACCAAUAUACUCACUCGCUCUCCUGUGGACGUGUCCAAACCAUCGAAGUCUGCUCUCUCUAACUUCGUCUUCAAAACAUCUAACCUUGGCUGUCCCUCUGAUGAGCUCAUUUCUAAUUUUAUUCAACCUGGUCACCCCUAGAGAGAACCUUAACAUCUUCAUUGCACAUUUCACUUCACCUCCAGCUCUGCUUCCUGUUGUCUCUUCAGUGCCACUGUCUCUAAUCUGUACAUCAUGGCUGGCCUCACCACUGUCUUAUAAACGUUGCCCUUCAUCCUAGCAGAGACUCUUCUGUCACAUAAGACACCUGACACCUUCCGCCACCCGUUCCAACCUGCUUGAACUCGUUUCUUCACUUCCUGACCACACUCACAAUUGCUCUGGACUGUUGACUCCAAGUAUUUAAAAUUAUCUCUUAUCGGUAUCUCUUCUCCCUGUAUCCUCACACUUCCCCCUCCACCCCUCUCAUUCAUGUACAUAUAUUCUUACGUAGUUGUAGUCUUACUUUGGCUAAUCUUCAUUCCGCUCCUUUCUAGUGCAUCCCUCCACCUUUCUAGCUGUUCCGCCACCUGCUCCCUGCUUUCACUGCAGAUCACAAUGUCAUCUGCGAACAUCAUGGUCCAUGGAGACUGCAGUCUAACCUCAUCCAUUAGCCUGCAAACAGGAAUGGGCUUUGGGCUGAUCCCUGAUGCAGCCCCACCUCCACCUUCAACUUCUCUGUCACACCUACAGCACACCUCACCACUGUUCUGCUGCCCUCAUACACGUCCUGUACUAUUCUAACAUACAGUGGGUAGGGAAAGUAUUCAGACCCUCCAUCCAUCCAUCCAUUUUCUGAGCCGCUUAUCCUCACAAGGGGAGUGCUGGAGCCUAUCCCAGCUUUCAACGGGCAGGAGACGGGGUACACCCUGCACAAACAACCAUUCACACUCACAUUCACAGCUACAGGCAAAUUAGAGUCUUCAAUUAACCUACCGUGCAUGUUUUUUGGGAUGUGGGAGGAAACCUGAGUGCCAGGAGAAAACCCACGCAGGCACGGGGAGAACAUGCAUAGUCCACCCAGGCGGAGCUGGGGAUUGAACCCCGGUCCUCAGAACUGUGAGGCAGACGCUCUUAACUAGUCGGCCACCGUGCCGGCGCAUUCAGACCCCCUUAAAUUUUUCACUCUUAUAUUGCAGCGAUUUGCUAACAUCAUUUGUUAUUUUUUUUCCUCAUUAAUGUAUACACAUCACCCCAUAUUGACAGAAAAAAACUGAAUUGUUGAAACUUUUGCAGAUUUAUUAAAAGAUAAAAACUGAAAUAUCACACAGCCAUAAGUAUUCAGACCCUAUGCUGUGACACAUAUUUAACUCAGGUGCUGUCCAUUUCUUCUGAUCAUCCUUGAGAUGGUUCUACACCUUCAUUGGAGUCCAGCUAUGUAUGAUUAUAGUGAUUGGACUUGAUUAGGAAAGCCACACCUGUCUCUAUAAGACCUUACAGCUCACAGUGCAUGUCAGUGCAAAUGAGCAUCAUGAGGUCAAAGGAUCUGCCUGAAGAGCUCAGAGACAGAAUUGUGGCUAGGCACAGAUCUGACCAAGGUUACAAAAAAAAUCGGCUGCACUUGAGGUUCCUAAGAGCACAGUGGCCUCCAUCCAUCCAUCCAUUUUCUGAGCCGCUUCUCCUCACUAGGGUCGCGGGCGUGCUGGAGCCUAUCCCAGCUGUCAUCGGGCAGGAGGCAGGGUACACCCUGAACUGGUUGCCAGCCAAUCGCAGGGCACAUAGAAACAAACAACCAUUCGCACUCACAGUCAUGCCAACGGUCAAUUUAGAGUCUCCAAUUAAUGCAUGUUUUUGGGAUGUGGGAGGAAACCGGAGCUCCCGGAGAAAACCCACGCAGGCACGGGGAGAACAUGCAAACUCCACACAGGCGGGGCCGGGGAUUGAACCCGGGUCCUCAGAACUGUGAGGCUGACUCUCUAACCAGUCGGCCACCGUGCCGCCCACAGUGGCCUCCAUAAUCCUUAAAUGGAAGACGUUUGGGGCGACCAGAAUCCUACCUAGAGCUGUCCGUCCGGCCAAACUGAACAAUCGGGGGAGAAAAUCCUUGGUGAGAGAGGUAAAGAAGAACCCAGAGAUCACUGUGGCUGAGCUCCAGAGAUGCAGUCGGUCGGGAGAUGGGAGAAAGUUCUAGAACGUCAACCAUCACUGCAGCUCUCCACCAGUCGGGGCUUUAUGGCUGAGUGGCCCAACGGAAGCCUCUCCUCAGUGUAAGACACAUGAAAGCCCGCAUGGAGCUAAAAAACACCCGAAGGACUCCAAGAUGGUGAGAAAUAAGAAUCUCUGGUCUGAUGAGACCAAGGUAGAACCUUUACACGGAUGUCCAGCGGUUCAUCAAGCCUCCCGGAAUGAUGGCAAGCCCCGAGUUAUUGCACUCAGUCGAAUGGUGACUGGAGAUACGCUUCUCCCGGCUGUUCUUUGCUCAAGUUGGUCCUCCAACUCCAACCACCUCGCCUUGUUUCCGCGUUUUGUUUUUCUUUUUUUUCCGCAGAAACUCAGCUUCGUCUUCUUAACUUGGCGAAGCUCGUUUUCCUGCUUCCUCCACUUGCGAACCAUGGAUUCGUUGAUCUUGAAUUCUCUCGCGGCUGCUCGAUACCCAUGUUCCUCCGCGUAACUGAUAGCUUGCAGUUUAAACUGUGCUUCGUAAGCGUGUCAUUUUUGGGGGUCCUUAGCCAAACCGAUGUUGUUUUGCACAAUGCACACCCCGGAAAUGCUCCCAGUCAGUCAAGCGGUAAAAAAAACAAAAAAAACACCCCGGCGCUAUAUACCGACUGGGGGCGUGGCUUUAGCGUCCUACUUCCCUUCCCCUGUCCUCAGCCACGUCCGCUUUUCCUCUGUGUAAGCAGCGUGUCGGGAGGAAAUGCUAAAAAAAUAAUAAUAAUAAAAUAAAAAGUCAAGCGGAGCGCUCAUCACACAUUUAUAGAUGUUGGAACUCGGUGCACACAUCAGGCGCGCCACAUUAUAAGGCGCUGCGUCCAUUUUGGAGAAAAUUUAAGACUUUUAAGUGUGCCUUAUGGUCGUGAAAAUACGGUAUUCAAAGUUACCUGACCCUGUGCGGAAAAAGUAAUGGGCCGCAAAACCUUAUAACUGGUUGGGCCAUCCUCACCAGCAACAACUGAAAUCGUGUUUUCUAGAAUUAGGCUUUACACGAUCAGGUAUUUUGGGUCCGCUCACCAAUCCAAAAGUUUAAAAAAAACUAACCAAUCACAAGAUGGCGCAAUGUGUCUAUUUACAUGACUUGUUCAUUUAUUGUACAACCCCAAUUCCAAUGAAGUUGGGACGUUGUGUUAAACAUAAAUAAAAACAGAAUACAAUGAUUUGCAAAUCAUGUUCAACCUAUAUUUAAUUGAAUACACUACAAAGACAAGAUAUUUAAUGUUGAAAGUGAUAAAAUGUAUUGUUUUUAGCAAAUAAUCUCUUUGAAUUUUAUGGCUGUAACACGUUCCCAAAAAGAUGGGACAGGGUCAUGGUCACCACUGUGUUACAUCACCUUUUCUUUUAACAACAUUCAAUAAACGCUUGGAACCUGAGGACACUAACUGUUGGAACUUUGUAGGUGGAAUUCUUUCCCAUUCUUGCUUUAUGUACAGCUUCAGCUUUUCCAACAGUCAGGGGUCUCCGUUGUCGUAUUUUACGCUUCAUAAUGCACCACACAUUUUCAAUGGGAGACAGGUCUGGACUGCAGGCUGCCCAGUCUCGUACCCCCACUUUUUUACUCCGAAGCCACGCUGUUUUAACACGUGCAGAAUGUGGUUUGGCAUUGUCUUGCUGAAAUGAGCAGGGGCGUCCAUGAAAAGACGUUGCUUGGAUGUCAGCAUUUUUCUCCAAAACCUCUAUGUACCUUUCAGCAUUAAUGGUGCCUUCACAGAUGUGUAAGUUACCCAUGCCAUUGGCACUACUAACACAGCCCCAUACCAUCACAGAUGCUGGCUUUUGAACUUUGCGUCCAUAACAGUCCGGAUGGUUCUUUUCCUCUUUGGCCCGGAGGACACGACGUCUACAUUUUCCAAAAACUAUUUGAAAUGUGAACUCGUCGUACCACGGAACACUUUUCCACUUUGCAUCAGUCGAUCUUAGAUGAGCUUGGGCCGGGCGUUUCUGGGUGUUGUUGAUAAAUGGCUUUUGCUUUGCAUAGUAGAGUUUCAAGUUGCACUUACGGAUGUAGCGCCGAACUGUAUUGACUGACAUUGGUUUUCUGAAGUGUUCCUGAGCCCAUGUGGUGAUAUCCUUUGCACAUUGAUUUUGAUGCAGUACCGCCUGAGGGAUCGAAGGUCACGGGCAUUCAAUGUUGGUUUUGGGCCUUGCCACUUACAUGCAGUGAUUUCUCCAGAUUCUCGGAACCUUUUGAUGAUGUUAUGGACCGUAGAUGAUGAAAUCCCUAAAUUCCUUGCAAUUGUACGUUGAUGAACAUUGUACUUAAACUGUUCGACUAUUUUCUUACGCACUUGUUCACAAAGAGGUGAACCUCGCACCAUCUUUGCUUGUGAAUGACUGAGCAAUUCAAGGAAGCUCCUUUUAUACCCAAUCAUGGCACCCAUCUGUUUUAGCCUGUUCACCUGUGGAAUGUUCCAAACAGGUGUUUGAUGAGCAUUCCUCAACUUUCUCAGUCUUUUUUCCCACCUGUCCCAGCUUUUUUGGAAAGUGUUGCAGCCAUAAAAUUCUAAGUUAAUGAUUAUUUGCUAAAAACAAUACAUUUGAUCAGUUUGAACAUUAAAUAUCUUGUCUUUGUAGUGUAUUCAAUUCAAUAUAGGUUGAACAUGAAUUGCAAAUCAUUGUAUCAUGUUUUUAUUUAUGUUUAACACAACGUCCCAACUUCAUUGGAAUUGGGGUUGCACAUACUUGUGUACUGUAUACUGAUUAUCUUAAAGUAUUGUCUAGCAUUUUGGACAAAAGUUAAAACAUCAAUGACCUCUCGGGGCAUUCAAGGAUUGGCCACUGACAAAAGUUUAGGUCAAAUCAACAUCACAACAUGACAGAAAUAGUGGGUGCUAACUUACUGUAAUUAAAUUACUUUAUUGCAAUUAAAUUACUUGAACAAAUACUGUUAAUGACAUGCUUACGCUAACUUUCUUACUGUCCCAGUUAUAUGGACGGGUGUUGUCCAGAGUUUGACUUUUUUUUUUUUUUUUUUCUUCCCCACGCUGCGUUGCUUGAACCCGGCAUGCUCCUCCUUGUGUACAUUCUUCAGGUGCCUGAUCAAAUUUGUUGUGUUGAAGCAUUUAUAUGAUGUUCGCCACGACGUACUUCAGUUAUACACAGACUGCAAAUAACUUGUGUGUUGUUUGUCUGAGACACCGCAAAAUAGUCCCACACCGACGACAUGUGCCUCAUCGGUGGGUAGGGAAAGGAAUCAGCAUUUUAUAGCAUUUGGUUCCAUCCAUUUAAAAAUGUUAAAAAAUUUAUCACCUGUGCCGUGUGAAGGGACUUUUUGUGCCAAAAUGCUGAAUUCCGGUGCAUACCCUUCAAAAUAAAAGGCUACAAGCUUUAAACAGGAAGUCAAGUUGUAACUUGCACAUAUAAACCAUUUGACGCGAUGAAAAGGUCCCAAAUAACUAUUUUAACAAUGCUAUAUUUAACUUUUGGCUGAAACAAUCAAUGAAUAUUAAGUCAAUUGGGUUAGUCCCACACACAAUGCCUUUUAGUUCAUCCAUCCAUCCAUUUUCUUCCGCUUAUCCGAGGUCGGGUCGCAAGGGCAGUAGCUUUAGCAGGGAAGCCCAGACUUCCUGCUCCCUAGCCACUUCCUCCAGCUCUUCCGAGGGGAUCCCGAGGCGUUCCCAGGCCAGCAGAGACACGUAGUCUCUCUAGCGUGUCCUGGGUCAUCCCUGGGGUCUCCCACCGGUGGGACGUGGCCGGAACACCUCACCAGGGAGGAGUCCAGGAGGCAUCCUAAACCGAUGCCCGAGCCACCUCAUCUGGCUCCUUUCAAUGCGGAGGAGCAGCGGCUCUACUCUGAGCCCCUCCCGAAUGAUCGAGCUUCGCACCCUAUCUCUAAGGGAGAGCCCGGACACCCUGCGGAGGAAACUCAUUUCAGCUGCUUGUAUCCGGGAUCUUGUUCUUUCGGUCACGACCCACAGCUCGUGACCAUAGGUGAGGGUAGGAAUGUAGAUCGACCGGUAAAUAGAGAGCUUCGCCUUUCGGCUUAGCUCCUUCACCACAACAGACCGAUACAAAGUCCACAUCACUGCAGAUGCUGCACCAAUCUGCCUGUCAAUCUCCCGUUCCAUUCUUCCCUCAGUCCUGAACAAGACCCCAAGAUACUUGAACUCCACUUGGGGCAGGAUCUCAGCCCUGAGAGGGCUGUCCAAAAAAGUUAUGAACAGAAUUGGUGACAAAGGGCAGCUUUGGUGGAGUGCAAUCCUCACCGGAAAACGAGUCCGACUCAAUGCGGACCAAACACCGAACAGCCCGUAUCUGGGGGUUCGGCACCCCAUACUCCCGAAGCACCCCUCACAGGACACCCCGAGGAACACCGUCGAAUGCCUUCUCUAAGCACAAAACACAAAACACGUGGACUGGUUGGACGAACUCCCAUGUACCCUCGAGGACCCUGCUGAGGGUGUGGAGCUGGUCCACUUAAAUGCUGCAAACACAACAUCAGCCUUUGAAAUAUUUAAUCGCUAGUCCUUUACUUGAAAUAUGAUAUCAUCAUUGUAUCAUUUCAUUUGCUCAAUUUGUUUGCUGAUUUGUUUAUGAGAAGAGUUUAAAAUUUGCUUAAAACCUUGAGUAAAUGGUAAAAUGAGCUGGUAUGUAAAAUAUAAAGUUACAAAUGUUAUGUAUGGUGUUUAACUUCAGUGUUCAAUUAUAUGAAAUAAAAGAUUUAAAAUUAUUUAUGCAUUUUUAUUGAGGAACAACAGUUUUUGAAGUGUCUUUGCUCCAAGGCGAUUUCUCCUCUUAGACACCAGUUCACCUGCCUCAGAAAAAACUCUUUCACGGGGUACAGAUGAGUACCGGUGAGCAUACAAAUUUAAGUGUGAGUUGAUAAGCUUCAGGCGCUCCCUGAAUCCCUCAUUUUCAACAAUGGUGAGUGGCUGACAGUCUUUGAGGUUCAUGUUGACCACAGCCUCAUCCACUGCUUGCUUGUUAGAAACAACAAGCCAAAAGGAAAUAUUUUGUUAAAAGCCUAUUAAAGGACUGUAAUUUUUGCAAACAAUAUUACAGAGUCACACAAAGCCUUUUGUGUGUAAUAUAUUGUUUUUGAAAAUAGCACGCCCGCAACCCCAGCAAGGAUAAUCUGUACAGAAAAUGGAUGGAUGGAUGUUGUUAUUAAAUGGAUUAAACAGUGAUCAGACGAACCCAAAGCUGUAGGGGCAAUCAGAAUCAUCUUUAUUUGCCAAGUAUCAACAGAUCGAGCUUUCAGUGUGGUAUAGCAGUGGUCUAGAAUGUUGAUCUCCCUGAUGGACAGACAAUGUGCUGCUUAUAUUUAGACAGUUUGUGGUCGAGUUUUGUUCCGGUAAAGUCCCCAAGAAUAAUAAGGGGUGAAUCUGGGUACAUUAGUUCUAGUUUGUUUACCUGCUCAGGCAACAUUUGCAAGCGCGCUAUUUGAAGCUGUUAGUAGUUGAGAGAGGAGCAAGCGUGAAGUCUCUAUUGACAAGUAUGGGGGUGCCUGGAUUAUAUAAUUGUUAAAAAAUUUUCAGUCCCCACUGCAGUAGUGUUUUCAUUUAUUAUUUUAUCUUGUUUAUAAUCAGAUUCAAGAAGGACUUGUAAAAUAAGAAAAUUAACUCAAAUUACGACGAUAGGUUUUGUCCAGAUCAUCUGGGAUGGGCUCAGAGUAGUGCCGCUGCUCCUUUGCGUUGAGAGGAGCCAGAUUAGGUGGCUCGGGCAUCUGUUUAGGAUGCCAUCGACGCUUCAUUGGUGAGGUGUUCCGGGCACACCCCUCCAGGAGGUGUCCCCAGGGAUGACCCAGCACACGCUGGAGGAACUAUGUCUCCCGGCUGGCAUGGCAACGCCUCGGGAUCCCCCUGGAUGAGCUGGACGAAGUGGCUGGGGAGAGGGAAGCUAAAGCUGCUGCUCCUGUGACCCGACUCCGCAUAAGCAGAAGGAAAUGGAUGGAUGGAAUAUUAACAAAUUUAUGUGCUUCCCUCACUGACAAAAGCAAUCAAACACUUUAGUAACCAGAGGUGGGUAAUAAUGUGCUACAUUUACUCUGUUACAUUUACUCAAGUAACAUUUUCCAUAAACUGUACUUACUUUUACUUGAGUAUUGAUGUGCAAGAUCGAUACUUUUACUCCGUUACAAUGAUCCACAUGCCGUUCGCUACUUUUAUUUAUUCAUUCUUGCGUGUGCGCGUCUAUUUUUAGACUCCAGCUUCGACUUCUGCAUAGGGUGCCUGUUGCGGCAAUCAAACGGGAUCACGAAUGUCAUUUGACUCCGAAUCACCAAUCAGACGACACAAGGCAGUCACAUGGCCGAGCAGGUAGCCUUCGCAAGCCAAUCAAAAUGACGAAUUUUUUGGGGGGGAAAAACAGCCGCGCAUGUGUUUACAGACCAAAAAACAACAGCUUUGUCAUACAGCUCUUCAAUUGUGACUGCCCAAACUUGGAUAUUUCAGCCUACUUCUAAUUUGAGAAAACACCUUGCGGUAAGUUGCAGAUUUAUUGUUUGGCAGUGGAUAUGUCACAAUUAUCACGAUCCCUAUGGUGUCGCACACACAAUAACUCAGUCUGGUCAGCAAACAGCUUAUUCAUGAAGUCAUUGAAGUGAAUAAAGCAAAUAAUGUUUCUGUGGAGCCCAAUGUAUGUGCUGUUGGUUUUUGGGCAGUUACAAAUUGAAAUGGUGGCAGGUGUGUGUCGAGCCCCAUAUAUUAUUUUUUAAUUUUAUUUGAUGUGCAUGUUCUGAUUUAAAAAAACAACAACAAAAAACACAAAACUCAAGUUACUCUUUACUUGAGUACUUUUUUUCAUUGAGUAGUUUCUUACUCUUACUCAGAUAUUUGGAUGACUACUUUUUUACUUGUCAUAUUAUUCUAAAGUAAUAGUAUUUUUACUUGACUACAAUAUUUGGCUACUCUAACCACCUCUGUUAGUCACAUACGUACUUAGUACUUUGUACAACACUCUUUGGCAACAAACACAUCGUUCAGACAUGAAACAGUUUGACACAAGUUUCUUGUAGCGAUUUAGAGGUAGCUUAGCCUAUUCCUCAUGUUGCUGCUGAGGGUGGCUUAACUAGCUGUUGGGUUUCAGGGGCAAUUUGUCAGAUAGGGCCCGGUAGCUUUGAAUAUUUUUUUUUCCUCCCUUGAUAUAUAAAAUCACUAUUUAAAAACUUAAUUUUAUGUGUACUUAAGUUACUGUCUCUUUGCCUGAUAUUUAUAUUUGUUUGAUGAUCUUAAACAAAGUGGGGAAACCAUCCAAAAAAUUUUGAAUUUGAUAAGGCGCCAAAUACUUUCUCACGGCACUGUAACUUCAUUACAAUUGUGGUAGCUAAGAAGUGUAGUGAUUAUGUAUGAAAUAAGAAUUGUAAUUAAUUUAGGAGAAAGUAAUAAGCCGCGAGCGAUGUUUGCGUUCUUUCCGGUUUAUCGUCAUUUUUAAUUACAGCGCUAUAAAUCAAAGAUAUUUGAUAUAUAUGAGGGGCACCACGUCACUUUUUACAAGUUUAACAUUAGGCGAAAUGACGACAAACCUUUUUAAUCAGUGUCAUAAUCUGGAGGUUGCUAAACUCUACGACAUUUUACUUAAAUUCAGAACACGACCACGAGUGGAAUUGUAUGGUAUAUUUAAUGAAACACACAACUAUAAACUACAACAAGAACACUAAGGGUAAAUGAAAGAAAGAAAAUAAGGCGUACGAAAAUGGAAAAGAGGACAUCGUGUGUGGUCGCUGGGCUAAACUAAAUGAGCAUGUGAGCGUUUAAUGCGUUGAGUAAGAGCGAGAGAAGGCGAAGUUGGGAUUUCAUAUGAAGAUAGUAAUUUCUCCACAAUUAUUACGCACUGAUGUUGUACAUCAUAGUAAGGAUUGCAGUGUCGAGUCACGAACGCUGAUCAGCUGGUCUUUGGGGGUGGUCUUCCUUUGGAAGCGGCUCCGGAAGGAAGGCGACAAAUUUGGUUGCAAAAGAAAAAGAACAAUAGAGGCGGGAGAAGAAAAAUGGCUGGUCAUCACGCCUUCUUGAGAGAACCGGACGUCUCUCUUCCUGCCUCUUUCGUGGCUCGCUGGCAAUUUCAGAGCAAUCCCGCUUGGCUGGGAGUGGACCCGGUACCUAGUAGCGGCUUUGAUUGCUUAGCGGAGGCCCACGUUUAGGCUGGGAAGCCAUGUCCGGUCGAUCCCGGCUCGCAUUUACCACGCCGUGUGCCCGCACAAAAAGGGGAAACGGGAGAGGGGUGGCCGAUGGCCAGCCCGGCUGGUGAGCUGCCCGCAAGGUACGAGGAGAGGAAAAACAAGACUAACAUGAACUCAACUCUACUCUCAGAGAAAGGGUGUGAGUAUAUAGUUAAAUGCCCCAGGGGCGGGGUGUAGGGAGAGGGAGUGCCGACUUGGAGAAGACCACACCCAUCAGCCUGAAUCUUGACUACAAAUUUAAGUAAAUGGAUUUUAAAAUAAUAUUCCCAUACACUCCCAUCUUUGUACUCUCACGCAUAGAAUCAAUGUUUAAACUUUGGUCGUGGCAGAUGGGUUGCUUAUUGUUCAAUACAACAUUUCGUACUGUUUGAUUUCAAAUCAUGAACAGCUUUCAAAAUCAUGCAGAUGACCUGUCAAAGUGAGAAUGGGAACACAGACACAAAGGCAUACAUUUGGAAUAUUUCUACAGAGUUUGCAAGAUAUAAAAACGAACAUUUUAUCUUCUAUUAACAAACAUCAUCAGCACGUCCACAAGUUCUGGCGUUUGCAGUUCCUCUCAACGCCAGUGGGUGGAGCCUCACGCGCAUCAGUGCAUAUUAACCACAUAGUCUUCCCCGACCAUUUGGUACAGGAAGGGGGUUUUUGAAGACAGGAAUCAAGAUUUGACGGGAAGCUGCUAAUUAGGUUAAGGUCCACUUGACGUGCACCAGGCCCUGUCCUAGUCGCCGUCUCACAGCAGGGCAGUGUGGAGGAGUGGGGGUUCUCGGCUGGUCGCGAGUCUCUGACGCCUCAAAGUUGCGGCGUGCAUGUCCGCAACAGAAGCUUUACAUAUCUUUACUGAUGUGCAUUACCAAAUUUCCGGGUCACGUAAAGCCGAGCAUUUAAAUAUUAAAGACAAAUUCAGUCCUGUUGCCCGUUUUUCCAUUUCAUAUUUUUUAUUCAUCUAGUUUGUUUUGUUUCUUUUUGAUUCCCAAUGCAAUUGAAGGAACGAAAUAUACACAUAUUUUCCAUCGUCCUUUCGCCAUGAUUCGUCCAUGACAAAAUGCUAAAUCUAUUAAGCAUCCACUGUGUCAUUACUAAUCAUUCAUGUUACAUUUGCAAAUAUCCUGUUUUGUAUUUUUUGUCAAAUUAGUUUUGAGAAACAUUAAUGCUGGACUGUCUUGUUGUUCCAAAGUUGUACUCAUGCUUUGCCAGUGUGUCGUUUGUGCGACACAUUUCACAAGUUCUGACCGCUCAAAUUUACUUAACUAGAGAGAGUGUCGGGCAUCUGUUUGAGAGGAGGCAGAGGAAAAGGGUUAACAGAUUGAAUGAGUCUAUAUAAGGAAAUCAAGUGAACAAGAUUGAGUCCGAAGUACUAAAAAGUCCGAAGUACAUUUCUACAGAAACACACACACAGCGAGCCUUUCAUUUUGCGUCGUGCUGUGUGGUCACGUGACUUCAUUGCAAGGGAAUGCACAAUGUUGUGGAAAUGAAACGGUUAACAUGAAACAUGGUCCUCCAUGAUCCAUCGUCUCCUUCCUCCAUGGUCCAUUGUCUCCUCCCUCCAUGCUUCCUCUGUGUUCCAUCAUCACCUUACGCCACGGCUCCAUGUUCUGUCAACUCCCUCGCCCAUGGUUCCUUCAGGGAUCCUUCAAACCGCUAGCAAAUGUGCGACUGGAGUGAAAGACAAAUCGAUGAGAAUUGACUGUUUGCUGUGUUCUUGGGUUUUCGGUGGAAAGAAAAACAAUCCUUAGCUUGUUGAGUAGCAAUGUGAGUCAAAACAAGCAUCCUGCCGGUUUGUGGGAUUAGCAAAAGAAAGUUGGGGGGAACAGGCCAGGCUCUGUGGUCUUUGGCCGGAGAGUAUAUCUGUUACAGACGUCAGGAUCAUACAGUUAAUCACUCGUUUGACAAAGUCCAUUCAAUUAGUUUUUAAAAAUCAUAUUAAGCAUAAUUAUCCAACAUCAAAAUUGUGGCGAGUGAAAAUGCUGAGUGGUAAAGUGGAUUUUUUCGCCUGUGGUUCUGAGCCGCUGGUCACCUGGGAGAACACCGGCUUCCAUUGGGCAGGAAUGAAUGAAGACUUCGUGACACCGUGACUUAUGGGCUAAUUAGAUUUAUUGAACAAGCCUUAGUGUCUUAGCAACAGCUUACAUAGCCAGAACAAAGAAAAAAGCCCUGAAACUCCUGGACAGCAGUUUAUAAAGUUUUAAUUAUCUGGGCGUGGAAUGAACCCAGCCCUUGGGUUUCACUGGACUGUGGACGCUCCACAUGACCAUAUUUGGAGUGUUCUGCUGGCCACAAGGUGACACUCUGUGUCCGUCAAAUACCCACCCGCCUGCUGGCGUCAAAAGACUGACCAGCCGAACAGAUGGUACACUUAUCUCGUAAGAUGCAGACCUGAAGACCCGAACCCCUGUUGUAAACCAGAGACAGGUUAUUGAUCACUGUGGGGGUUAUCAUAGGUCCCAGCGCUGGCACUCACCCUUCAUUAGUCAUCAGCCGGUAGGCACAGGUCGACUCGAAUUUAGUAGCAGCAGUAAAAUUUACCUGCUUCCAGUGUCCUUUCCCCAGCGUGUAGUUCAACUCUAGGGCCCCUGUUGGCUUCCCUGCGCUCUUUUCCACUUGUUCUUUUCGUUAUGAAGAAAUUCCGAAAUAGAUUCCUGUAACUAUAAUCAGGGAGAUCACCAGAGUCACGAUUAUGACCUUCUUCGGCCAGACAUACAGGAUGUAUAUAUUUCCCCCCAUGUUAAAUUACCAAUUUAACACCAAAACACAAUAUCCACACACAACACCAUACGCAAUCAAGCAGGUCGUCUUCCCCGUCGCAGAGGCCCAGCUGACAAGACCUGCAAACAAACCCUUAUAUAAAUUAAUCACAACUCUUCAAAAGCUACUCCUGCCAAAGGGGUGGACUACAUAAUUCCUGUAUCAUUCAACAGUCUGUGUAGACCGUAUUCUCUUGUCAGUCACACUGUCAUUGGUAACUAAAGGUCUAUAGUCUCUU